GACCAGGACGUGACGCGUGAAGCUGCCAGCAACGGAGUUCUGAUCCAGAUGGAGAAGGGCGACCGGGUCUACCUCAAACUGGAGAGAGGAAACCUGAUGGGAGGAUGGAAGUUCUCCACCUUUUCUGGCUUCCUGGUGUUCCCGAUGUAGAGAGCAGGAGGAGGAGCAGGAGGAGGAGCAGGGAUCUCCACAGAGGAGAUGGAGGUGCUGCUGAACGAUGGAAAGUCUGAUGAAGAUGAUGGAGAGAAACAAACAUAAACAAGAUGAAGAAGAAGAAAGAUGGGACACCAGACUUCUGUCUGAAGAAAGGAUGAAAUUUAAGAUUCAGAAGAGAAAUAACUCCGGAACAACAGAGAUACAGACAUUUUCUUUACUUCCCCAUCCUUCUCUCCUCUCUUUCAUCCUCUCAUCCCUCCAUCCUUUAUCUCUUCCUCUCAUCCCUCCAUCCU